AUGGCCUCCCUCCUCACUGGGUUUGGGCAGCUUAUUGUUCUUGUGAUUGUCUUGUCUCAACUCACAGCAUCACUUCCUCUUCUGGAGAGGACUCAGAGGCAUGCAGAUGGACUAUUUCACAGCGAACUCAGCAAGAUGAAUGAAAAUGCCUAUGUGCAGCAAUUAGUCAAAUCUCUUAUGGGCCUCAAUGAAAGAUAUCAGCGGCAUGCAGAUGGCAUAUUUACCAGUGAACUCAGCAAAAUGAGAGGAAACACACAGGUUCAGAAACUAAUCAAGUCUCUCGUGGGAUACAAGCGCAGUGUUCCUGAACCAUCUGGAGCAGAGGGACAGCUGGAGGAGACUGGCUUUAUCAAUCAAGCUGAAAAUGACUUGGACUCAAAAGAGAUAUUCACUAAACUGAAGGCUUUCCUGCACCAUGUACAAAGUCUCAGAGGAAGUGAUAAAGAAGAUGGCUCUCAGGGAUUCAUCAGCAUAGCCAUACCAGGGAAAUAUGAGAGUGACAGCCACUACAAUGACUUUUGCUUCAUGUGGUUGUACCAGAGCUUUUUGAAUGAUAGUGGCUCAGACAGCAGUGCAAGGGAAGCAGCUCAAGUAACUAGCCAAUACAUUUGCCCUGCCUCCAAGCAGCUGACUGCAAAGAAUGAUGAAGAGUCCAAUUUUGACUAG